AUGGGUAGCCAACUUGGGAUGCCUUAUCCUUACGGGGUUUCUCCUAAUCAACCACCUGUCAUACUUUCGAAUGAAUCUAGAAGGGCGACUAUUGAUCCAUCUAUCAGCGACAAAGAAUCUCUAACGCCAUCAUCUGUUCCAGCAACUCAGGUGCCACCGCACUCAUCACAAGAAGAGCGUGAAGUUGAGCUGGAGGAAAAUGAAUCGAAAAGAAGAUUUUGGUCUCCCGAUGAAGAUGUGAAGGAUCAAGCUUUUUGGAAAUGUAUUGCUGAUUACUACAACAAACAUCGCCCCACUGGAUCUAUGACGAGAAGUUAUCAGCGUCUGAAAUCACAUUAUUACAGGGUUCUCAAAGACUACGAGAAAUAUACUCCACAAUCAGUUGCUUAUUACUCUAACAAGAAGGCAAGGACAUCCGAGUCAGGAGGAAACACUUCAACAUCAAAUCCAGAUACAAUUGUUGAUUUAGAUGACUCUGAAGUCCGCAUUCGUCCGAUAGGGCAAAAGGCAGCGAAGAGGAAGGGCAAAUCUAAAGCCAGAGAGGGCGACACAAUGGAACAUAACAUCGACAAAGAAUGCCAAGAUAUUAAAGAAUAUCAAAUGCAAAAAAUGGCUCUGCGGGAAGCCGAAAUCUUUCAUAAGGAUUAUGAAAUUCUUAUGAAGGAUACCAGUGAGAUGACACCAGGACAACUUUAUUUACGUGAGAAAAUGGUAGAAAAAAUUAAACAAAGACAUGGCCUGGUGUAG